GCUGAAGGUGUGAGGAGCAGAACCAACCAUGGCACGAUGGAGAUGGAUCUAUUUAUUCACUUUGCUUGCCAUCUGUGAUAUUUGCAAGGCACAAAGCACUCAAUGCAUAUGUUCGUCUCCGGUAACCUCAAUCACCACAGCUUUCACGACUACGACUUCAUCUACAAGCACCAUGACUAGUCUGGCAACGACCACAACUAAUCCCACAUCUACUUCUCUCUCACCCACAACACUACCUACAACUUCGACUACUACAACUCAAGUUACAAGCACUAGCAGUACAGUCCCAACAACUACAACUGCCCCAACAUCUACUGCAGCCUCAUCCACAACAACUACAAGUAGUGCUGCAACAACAACCGCAGCUACAAGUAGUAUUGCAACAACAAUAUCUGCAUGUGCACAAGCAACUGUGUCUAUUCAGCUGGUCCAAGUGUCUAGCGACCAAAUCCAGGUCAUUCCUGUUGCACAAAAUGGACCAACUGGAGCUCAGUUCAACGUGACACUGUCACAGGGCAAUUCAGUUGUAAAUUCUAGCGCCACAACAUCGGGCUCCACGGUCACAUUUCCCAGCCUGCUCCCUGCCACUCAGUAUACCAUCACGGUGAAGCAACUGUCUUGUCCCAACAAUGCUGAUACCUCCAACAAUGUUACCACAGCCGGACAAGUAAUUGCAGCGGCAGUCAAGAUACAGAAUAUUCCAUUUACGGCUGAUAUGAGCAAUACAAGCAGCCCGGCGUACACAAGUUUUGCAACUAGCUUCAUUGCAAGUCUAAUACAGAGCUUGCCGGCUGACAUCCAAGCCUUGAUUGCUUCGGGACAAUUGGUUAUCAACAUAAACAGUCUCACUAACGGAAGCAUCAUCGUCAGCUUUACCAUAGUCGCUAGCCCGUCGGCGAAUCUGACAGUGAGCAACGUGUCGCAGUCAUUCACCACCGCCCUCACCAACAACACCAACUAUACUGUCGACCCAGCAUCCCUCAAUUUUACAGCCCAAAACUUGUGUGCUACAGCAAACCCAUGUUCUGUAAAUGCCAACUGCACUUCCAUCAAUGGAGUAGCCAGCUGCCAGUGCCUGUCUGGGUUCAAUGACACCAGUCCCAGUGUUCCCGGGAUCACCUGCGUAGGUAAGAGGAAAUGA